AUGAAGAAUGAGUCAACUCCAGUUGAUAUGCCAGAGUCAAGCUCUGUUGCUAAAGGAAAAGCACCUCUCAUUGCUGUUUCCAGGGAUGAAAAGGGAGGAUACGGGAAGGGGAUUGCCAUAUUUGACUUCGUUCUAAGGCUAGCUGCUAUAGUGACUGCUCUAGCUGCUGCUGCUACCAUGGGAACUAGUGAUGAAACUCUUCCAUUCUUCACUCAAUUCUUCCAGUUCCAAGCUAGCUAUGACGAUCUUCCGACUUUUCAGUUUUUCAUCAUUGCAAUGGCAUUAGUUGCUGGCUACCUUGUCCUUUCACUUCCAUUCUCUAUUGUAGCCAUUGUCCGCCCACAUGCGGUUGGACCAAGGCUCCUGUUGCUUAUUUUGGACACUGUGGCGCUUACUCUAAACACUGCUGCUGGUGCUGCAGCUGCUGCCAUAGUCUACUUGGCUCACAAUGGCAACUCAAACACAAAUUGGCUUGCUAUCUGUCAACAGUAUGGUGAUUUCUGCCAGAAAGUCAGUGGAGCUGUGGUGGCAUCAUUAAUCACUGCUGUCCUCUUCGUGUUCUUGGUUGUGCUGUCAGGUUUCGCUCUGCGAAGGCACUGA